AUGUUCACAACUCGUUUCACCCAAUCCAUAACAGCAAAGUCCGCUGCUGCCGUCACUUUACUAGGCAUUGGAGGUUAUUGCGCCCAAACCCGUCUCAUAUCAACCGCCCAUGCAGAGUCAAAGGAGACAUACAAAGUGUUCUCGGGAUUUGGAUUCACCACCUUACGCCUACAAAGCAUAAAAGAUUUCAACCACAACACGAAACGACUCGUCUUCGAGUUUCCAGACCAAAACGCCACAAGCGGAUUGUCAUUAACUUCCGCACUCCUUACCAUCUCCCGACCCGAAGGACGCUGGCUCCCCGUACUACGUCCAUAUACACCCAUCAGCGAUCUAGACCAAAAAGGCCAAAUCGAGCUCAUGGUCAAGAAAUACCCAAAUGGCAAAGCGAGCACUCACAUCCACUCCCUCGUACCAGGGGAUACCCUCACAUUUGCAGCGGCAAUUCAAGGACACGCCUGGACACCGAACCAAUCCUCACAGGUCUACCUCAUCGCAGGCGGAGCUGGUAUUACACCGAUCUACCAGCUGGCACAGGGUAUUCUCAAUAAUCCAGCGGACCAAACUAAAAUCAAGCUUGUCUUCGGCGUCAAUACCGAGCAGGAUUUGCUACUACGAGAAGAGCUGGAGGGAUUUAAGACACGGUUCCCCGAUCGUUUUGACUAUCUGUACACAGUUAGUCACCCGGAGGGACAGAGUGAUGGAUUCAGGAAGGGAUAUGUUACCGAGGAGUUGUUGCGGGAUGUUGUGAAGGCUGAUGAAGAUGCGAAGGUCUUUGUUUGUGGGCCUCCUGCUAUGGAAGAUUCGUUGGUUGGAUCGAAAUUCCAGAGCGGGAUUUUGGCUAAACUUGGGUUUGAGAAGGGGCAGAUUGUGAAGUUUUAG